CACCUCAACCACUGUAAACGUCAACUUAAUGAAACCGAUCGUUUAUCGGUUUAUAGUGCCUCGCGUAGUGCUUGUACAAACACAACUAGCCAUAUCAACAUACCUUCUCGUUCUGUCUUAUGAACAAUUAAACCUGCCAAAGCGAGAAUGCAUGUUUGGUUUGGCUGGUUGGGCAAAUUCCCUCCUCGGCAUCCGCAUGACAGAAUGUCAUAAAAACAUAAAAAAAAAAGUUUACGAAAGAUAGCAUGUGCUUUCGUGGUCUGCGGCUAUAGCUUUAGCACAUGCGUCAACUGAUCUUCUCCUGAAUGGGUUUCUAGUAUCCACGCGAUUGGCCAUCGGGUUGUUGGUACCUAAUGCUUCCAGAAUCGUUGCACUAUCAGCUGGCACCUUUGCUGCUUGUCGAGAGUGUACGCCUUCAAUCCAGUUUAGUCGAGAACAGGAGCUGCGUGUAUGGAUGUUCCGAACAAAAAUGGGCUUGGAACGAAUAUGUCAAACAAAAAUGUCAAACAAAGAAGCUGCCCACCAGGCCAUCGCAAAGCUGAAGCGAAUGCCGUGUUUGACCAUCCAAAACAAUAAAACUAAGGCUACGACGGUACCUGCUGCAUCGUCCAGCGGCAGCAAUAAUAAUAUCACACAGCCCGUUGCAUUAGCUGCUGCAAGCGUCUAUGCUGCCGGCUCGAAUGCAACGGAGCAAUAUGUUAUGUUGCCGCUGGACGUAGAUAUUAUCGAAGAGGAUGCAUCGGAGAACGCUUACGAAAACCCCACAACAUCGCCACCGACACCGACGCCGAUGGUCCGACGACGCCGAUGGCCCGACCAACACCAACGAUCGGAAUGUCGAGUCCGCCCGACACCAACGGUCCAACCAACACCGACGGCCGGAAAGUCGACAUCGGUCCGCGCGACACCUACGGAAAUCUCCGAAUUGUCCGACCAGCUGCGCAAAACCCAAUCGGAGCUGCAGAAAGUAACGGAAGCGUCGAAGGAGAUGCAAGCCCAGCUAAUGGAUCCCUCUUCCACUAGUUUAUCGUCAGCUAAAACGAAUGUGCCAUUUUUGUUCGAUCUCACACGACAUAACGACAGUCAUGUAUAA